AUGCCCACGUUCGGUCACCACCCGGAAUGCCAAUCGUGCAUAUCGCUGUGGGUCAUCACAUAUAACUUCGUCAUAGGAUUGAUUGGACAAGGAACAGAACAGAUGCCUUCUAAAGGUGGAAUUGCAAAACGGGAGACACCUCGUCGACGCAAGAUCGCUCUCGCCUGCGAGUCAUGUCGUGAUAAAAAGGUCCGAUGUGAUGGAGCAAAGCCUAUAUGUGGUCCAUGUGUUCGACGCUCUUUCACGGUGGAGCAAUGCGUCUAUAAAUUGGAUAAUGCUCGAUCUGCCAGCAAUGACGAGUAUUUGAAAAUUCUCCAUGAUCGCAUUCGCGAUCUUGAAGAUGCAUGCGCAAGAGGUGGCGUUGAUGUACCGCCGGGAUUAGUCCAACAUGGAGAUGAUAGGGCAUCCGAAAGACCAGAGAGUCAUUUGGGACAAGGUAUGGAUUUGGAUCCACUAGAUGCACAGUCCAGAACUUCUGUUGCUGCUGAAGGGCUUCUGGGACUAGGUUCUACGCCGGUGUUGCCUGUACAGAGUCCUCUGACUUCAACACCUACAUUUCAGCCGCCGCAAUAUAACGCACAAAGAAGUCAAUCGGUAGUAGAACAAAGCUACAGAGCUCCGCAUGCCUCUUAUUUUUCUCCUGGCUCUGUUCGGCCGCGAGAAUCAAGUAUUUACCAUUCCCCGGCUGUCAACUCACAUGGUAAUGUCACUGCUAUGGGUGCAAUAUCAGUUGCAGAGGAUGCAGAGGAUACAGAUUCGCCCGGGGAGCAGCAGUACUAUGGUAACUCCUCGGUGGCCUCUUUCCUGCGUCUUGCCGGAGAGGCAAUGCCUCUGCAGUCAUACAUGUCAGCUGUGCGAAACAGCAAAACCGAACCAGCCAGAUCGCAGGGCCCAGACACCGGGGUUUGGAGAGAUUUAGGCCAUCCAUCAGCCGAGCUUCGGUUUGACGACUUCUCUCUACCGCCUCGGGAUCUCGCAGAUCAUCUCCUUGAAUGCUACUGGGAAAGAGUUCACUGCCUAUUUCCAUUCUUUCAUAGGCCUAGCUUUGAGCGUGCCUACGAAAAUCUAUGGGGCUCGAAUAAGGCACCGAAACCUGAACUACCACAGCUCAAUAUUGGUCUUGGAGGUGCUUCUGAUUACGGUCCCAAUUCAAUGGUCUUUCACUGUGCGCUCAAUGUCAUAUUUGCUCUUGGUUGUCAUUUUUCCGAUAUCCCGGCCGCAGAGCGAGAGGCAGCAGUAUACUCCUUCUUUCUCCGUUCAAAGCGGUUUGUCGGUCUUGAUCUCCUAGACAUAGGUACAAUCGGCGUUGUUCAAACACUGGUACUGGUUUCUCUUCUACUUCAAAGCACGCCAUACCCAAAUCGAUGCUGGAACGCAAUUGGGCUGGCGUGUCGAGCGGCUCAAGGACUGGGCUUACAUGAGACAACGACCCAAACUUCGACCAAGCCGUUAGAAACUGAAAUUCGGCGUCGAACAUGGCAUACUUGUGUCAUCAUGGACAUGAUCGUGAGCAUGACCCACGGUAGACCUAGCAUGACCUCUCAUCUCGCACCAGUGCCAUUGCCCGUUAUGGAGUCUGAUAUACAAGCGGACGAUCCCUGCGAGCUCAGUGGCCAGGCUUGUGACCACAAAAUGGGCUAUAUGACAUUUUAUGUUUCAAGUAUUGAGCUCUACAAAAUCCUCGAAUCUAUUCUAUCCGAGGUCUAUAACGCUUGGCAGAGCCGAUCAAGUAAUACUCGCACUUCGUCACCGCGGGGUGCUAAGCACUGCAGCUUGGAUGUGCUAAUGGAACUCGAGGACAAACUUGCUGCAUUUGAAGCAAAUGUCCCCAAUCCAUUGAACUGGACAGAUGAGCAAACGCAACAGCGUACAGCUGGCACUCAAUCUGCGAUAUUCAAGCGCCAGCAAAACGUUUUGCGCACCAGAUUUAUACACUUACGACUUCUCUUAUACCGUCCUAUGUUCACUCAACUUUGCUCCGAGGAGCGAACAGGAUCAUCGCGUCGCUCUGAUACUCAGACUGGAGACAGAGGCGGCGCACUAACUCCAGACAAAAACAUCAUAUAUUCAUCUGUGUUCUCCAAAUGUGCCGCUUGUUGUGUGAUGGCCGCUAUGGACUUAGUUUCCCUUGUCCACGAGACAUAUCGAACCACAGUGACUGACACAUGGUGGUACAACGGUUUUUAUACCUCUACUGCAGGCUUUAUUCUACUCAUGUCAAUUUCCUGCCAUUCAAUCCGAGAACAACUCGACAUCAAAAAGGUUGACGAGAGUUGGCGCAAGUGCGAAGAGAUUCUGGCAUUUAUGGCGAUUUUCAGCCAGUCUGCUCGGAACUCUUUACAAUUUUUGCAAGUAACGCAUCAGCAUAUCUCACAAAACUACUCUUCAACUGGGCGACCCGGUGACACCACCCCUCUGGCUCUAACUCAACUGCAGCAGAAAGGACAUCAGCAAGUAAACCGACCUGAUUUGCCAGUUCAGCCUGCGGAGCCAAUUAACAUGGAGCAUGAUACCCGCCAGGAGUCCAAUAACACAGAUUUCAGUAUUUUCACGGCUUGGGAUGAGAUGGGCUUAGGUCAAGAGGAGUUUGGCUUUCUUGGAAGAUUUGAUUUGCCAGAUCUUGCAAGCUGGUUUACCGAUGUUCCUUAA